AGUAACGAGCAUGGAUUUCUAUCAUCUUCAUAUGUCGGCACCAUGCCAGGCUGUACGGCUGGUGGCCAAAGCUCUUGGGCUCCACCUGAACCUGAAGGAGGUCGACCUGGCGACGGACGCGCAAUUCAAGCCGGAGUUUUUGAAGAUCAAUCCCCAACACUGCAUCCCAACGCUGGUCGAUAACGACUUUGUGCUGUGGGAGUCGCGUGCAAUUUCGACGUACCUGUGUGAAAAGUAUGGCAAAAACGAUAGCCUUUACCCGCGCGAUCCGAAAAAGCGUGCCGUCGUCAAUCAGCGGUUGUUCUUCGAUAUGGGAACGUUGUACGGGCGCUUCUCUACCGCGUACUACCCGGUGUUGAUGGAAGGCAAGGAACUGAACCAUGAGCUGAUGGGCAAGGUGGACGAAGCGUUCGAGUUUCUGGAAGGAUACCUGGCCAAGACAUCGUACGUAGCGGGCGAUAAGCUUACGGUGGCCGAUUUGGCCGUACUGCCGAGUGUGACGACGAUCCAGACGAUCACCUCGUACGAUUUCAGCAAGUUCCCGAACAUCCAGCGUUGGUACGGUGAGCUGAAGGAAUCGGUUGCAGGAUAUCAGGAAAUUUGUGUCGAAGGUGCCAACCUAUUCCGAAAGACGUUCAUGCCCUCUGCCAACUAAACGUGAUCGUGAAUGGUGGAAAGCAGUUCGCUAAUGUUGUUGAUUGAUUUUCAAUGGUUAUCUUCUUCAUUUUUUCAACGAGAGACUCCAAUAAAAUGAAAAG